CUGGUAUCUCUCCAACAACUUGAGAGCGACAAAGCUACUAUAUAUUAUUUCUAUCCCCACCAUAACAGACCUACAUACAUCCAUUUUCACUUUUUCUUAUCAUCACGCCCCUCCCCCUCCACCUUCCCCUCCUCUCCACACACAUCGUCACAUCGUCACAUCGUCACAUUGUCACAUCGUCACAGCGCAGAAACUCAAAAAUUACAUCGAGAAAGAGAUCCAUCAGCGAGAAAAGCCAAAGCCAUAGAGUGAUCCUUCCAUCCAUCACCUCUGUAACUUGUCUUAGAGUUCUAACGCACGGAGAUCCAACUCUGCCGACACCCCACGCUAAUCCCAAUUAAGUUUGACUACGGCCUUCUUCUAAAACAGAUCCCGCCAAGAAGAGAGUUUCACUUCAACUUAUUUUAGUAGUAGUGGGAAUGAUCCCUCUCUACCACGGCUACUGAUAAUUAUUUGGUUCUCUCAAGUCAAUGGAUAUGUGAAGUUUUGAUCAAAAGAUUGUUGUUGGCCGUCGACCAUUUUCCGUUUAUCUUUCCUCUUGCUCUGUUCCGUGUUCUUUUGUCAUUUCCUCACUCCAUCCUCUCAUCUCAUCUCAUCGCAUCUCAUCUCAAUCAUGUUUGCAUCGGAUUUGGGAGGGAGCAUGGCGAAAUGCAUAUUGACCCUCAUGUUCUUCGUCGCUUUAGUCGCUGGGCAAACUACUACCGCGCCAUCUUUCACACCCUCGAAUGAUACUUUACCGGCUAACAUGACAACACCUGAUAUUGAAUUGACUUUACUGGCGGGAACCAGUCUGCCCAUGGUCAAGGACACGUACAAUGUUGCCCCGCUCACUUCCCUCGCCGGUCAGGGACAAGCCGAGAAUUCCUUGGGUGUACGCAAAAAAUUCCUAAUACCUGAUUGUUAAUGUAUGGCAUGAAAAAGACUGCUAACGUAGCAUGAAAUAGCAAAUUUUAUUCAACGGAUCUAUUGCCAUAACAGAUGCGACAUCUGUGAGUAAUUUAUCGAUCACCACUAUAGCAUACAUGAGCUGUGACCCGAACGAAACCUCCAACAUCAAUUCGACAGAAGCUAUCAUCAUGGCAGGAAAUGCGAGACCGAAGGCUAUACUGCUGUAUAGCAUGUAUUCUCAAGAGUGCAGUCUCACCGGAGAUUCUACUUUUGGCUCGAUUUAUACGAUGGUGUCUGCUUCUGAUUCAAUGGCUUUGCUCAUUACUUUGCGAAACUUUACUUCUAGUUCAUUGUUGCUUGCGAAAAUUCAACAGAACCAAGACCCAUCAAGCUCGAGUUCCCCAUCACAGACUAGUAAUAAUGGGGGGCCACCACCGACCACGGCUGUUGCCAUGAGCAUUCUAUACAGUAUUACUGGAAUAAUCACUUUACUGUUCCUAAUAAUCAUAGGCACUGGUGCUGUCCGAGCUCACAGGCAUCCGGAAAGAUAUGGUCCUCGCAAUGCUUUUCCAGGAAGGCCUAGGCAAAGUCGAGCAAAGGGUCUUGCACGUGCUAUGUUGGAGACUUUACCCAUUGUGAAGUUUGGGGAUCCAGAACCGGGCAAACCCGGAAGUGGCGAUAUUGAAUUAGAAAAUGGCAGUGUUCAUCAUGCUCCUGUUGCCGCUGCAACAAAUGCUACAACUGACGACAUCCCCAAAACUUCAACCACAGCGGCAGUUGUUGCGACUUCUGCACAAUCUGGGAUGGAAUCUGAUGCGCAGCCUAAUCCUGGACCCACCGAAGCUUCAGUAGCCCCCAAGGAGGACGAUAUUUUGCAAUGUUCGAUUUGUACAGAAGAUUUUGCUACGGGUGAAGACGUUCGGGUCCUUCCAUGUAAUCACAAAUACCACCCUGCUUGCAUAGACCCUUGGUUAUUGAAUGUUUCCGGAACUUGCCCAUUAUGGUAGACUUUCUCUCCUCUUAUUCAUGAGCACAUACUAACUUUUGUAGUCGUCAUGAUUUGCGACCUACAGCGACCAAUGCCCAAAAUGAAGACGAAGAACUUCCACCACCACUGGAAGCACAUGAGGGAGAAACAGCUAGUGAACACGCAGCUAAUGUUUCUGAAAGCGGAGAAGCUGGGUCUGGUCACCGCAUUUCUCGUCUUAUGCAUCUUCGUCAUGCCCCUCCUGAAGAGAGCAUCGCUGCUCUUCGCGAAUUGGCGCGAGAGCAACCCCAACAAGGAGGGGAAGUGUCAAAUCAAGAUAUAGCUGAGGAACAAGGCAGAAGAGCUAGACUUGCUGGCCGACUCCGAAGCACUUUCCGGAUAAGAACACGAGCACAAGCAGCCUCCGCUACUGAAUCUAGUGUGGCAGCAUGAUAUUGCCACUGUUACCUGAUGUGAUUCACCUCAUCACAAAAUGAUAACGACUUUUCUCUCUUUACAUCUAUGAACUUGGAAUAUUAACUUUUUAUAUCCGACAAUCUCUACAAUACUACGAAAGUCUGAAUAUAUUUUUUAGAGUCUAGUAGUACCGGCGGAUGAAUGAAUGAUGGGUGGAACGGUAUGGAUGAUAUGGAAAUGAUGAAUAUGGAUAGAUGGAGUUUUUUUUGGCGUCAAAAUGAGUCCACCCCUGAUUUUUUACUCCAAGCGAGCAUGGGUUUGGUUUGGUUACUUUGGGUCGUGUCUUUUGAUUCACUAGGGAUUUUGUACGGUUGGAAGGCAUGGAGCACCGGAGUAGAUGGUUAUAUCAGGAGUUGCAGAAGCUUGGGGGUUUUUACGUCCGCGGCGCCAAUAUCCGGUUAUUGUAUUAUAUGCACAUGAUGUAUGUGUAAAUCAGGGUAGUUCAAUACGAUAUUAUGCCUCUCAUCAAUCAC